UGAUGAUCAUCCACGGAAAACACAUUCGCAUGUUCAUCUCCUGGCUGAGGCACAUUGUCAAGACAAUCGCAUUUCGGUCGUACAGGAAUCUCCUAUCUGUCAUCCUACGACUGAUUCGACACUGUCAAUCUGUCGUCAAUGGAAAGGAGGGGGAUUUUCGAGAAGCGCCCGGUUUAGCAUUGAGCUCUCAGCCAGCGACCGACCGAUCUGAGCCGACGCCUCCUGUGAGCCUCGCGGUGCCGUUGCUUGAGGUACCUCUACAGGGUCUACACGGCCAAGGGUCCCAACCCGGAAUGAGCAUUCAGAAUAUGCAGAUGCCAAUUCCCGAGCUUCAUGGAGGGUCGAAUGAUGCUGCUUUUAAUACAGACACUCUCCCGAACUCUUAUGCGCCGUUGAUGCCAAGUUCUAUGCCCGAACCCAGCACCCUCGAAGUUGGUGUCGCCACGCCACCACCUCUUGCGGUGCCAGGACAGACUAUCACUCUAACACCCAUUGUACCCGACCAGUCCAACCGAUACAAGAGGAAUGUGCGAGUUAAAGAUGAGUUUGAAGUGUUCUUGAUUCAGAAAGGUCCUUUGGACUGCUUAGAGGAGCUUGCCGCAGUAGAAGGAUGGGAGCCGCUCACGCACCCAGAAGGGUCUUUAUUCUUCUAUCACCCGUAUCAAAGAGUUUUCACUGAUGCCAACCUUCGGGAUCCUGAAACUGCUGUCAAAUUAGCCAAAGCCGUCGAGAAGGUGUACGAAGAAGCGCACAGUGCAGAUAUCUUCUUGCAUCCAUCUGUCGAGCUCGCGUUGGAGCUCAUAGUGAAGGAUGGCAGCGAAUCGUGGGGCUAUUACUUUGCCGACCACGAAAGACGUGUCAUUUUCUGGUUCGAAGACCACGAAUCUCAUUCCCUCAUGAAUGCCGUCCGAGGUGUAGAAUGCAAGAGCCACAUCAAGUAUGCACUAGAAUCACAGUACUGGCAUCAUAUCAAACAGUUCCCAAACAAACGUUUCCUUCCGGAAGAUGUUGUCGUGGAACUCAAAGAACUUCUCAUGUAUGCUCAAGCAGACUACAUCAUUCGGGACACAUACCUAACACAUUUUACUGCGGACGAGGUUGCUAGCUUGCUCGGGCUUAUGGAUUUUCUCAUGGGUGAAUCAUACCCUGAUACAGUACUAACAAGGAGCGUAAAUCCAAUCACGGAAGCUAGAUUGAUGAGACUUUGCUGCGACGCCAAGUUUAAGAAUUUCUGUGGACAACCAGGCGCCCGACUUGACGUAGACCAAUCAUUAUACGGAACAUCUUAUGACCUCCCACGCUUAACAAGGAUCUUUCUUCGCAUCUUGAAUGUGAUUCUGUUUAGAGGCCCUAAUGCUCAAAUGAAGAGUAUUCAGAAGAUAUGGGUCGAUGAAACCAUCAUCUGGCCACGGUGGACUAAAUUUCGUGAUAGGCUCACCACUGAAUGGAAUGGAUAUGCGAUAUUUUCUACUGUGAUGCUUGCUGUUGAUAUCAGCUUUCUCGCAGUUCCAAUUGCUGACGCGGGUCGGACGAUCGUGUUCAUUAUAAUAUACUUGUCUGUCCUCUGUAUCCUUGGUUCAUUAACAUCCACACUAUUCUUGGUUGGACAAGUCAAUGACAGUCUACGAGGCACAACUGGAGAAGUGGCCAAUUACAUACGUCAAAUGUCAUAUUCUUUUCUAGGCCUCCGAGGCCUCGCCGUUAUGCUCAGUCUGCCGUCAGGACUUUUGCAUUGGGGAAUGAUAUUGUUUACUCUGGCGUUGUGCAUAAUGGUAGCAAUCGGAUCCAAUUCUGGCGGCAUCCUCAUCAUCUAUUCGCUGUCACCUGUGAUCUUCAUACUCAGCGUAGUGCAGUCGCCCAUGCUGGGCCUAUCUGUUUACACGUGGUACUGUAACACAGAACGUCAAAUCUCUCGCCUGUGGCACAGGAUCAAAGAACAAGUGUCACGUACAGUCACCACCCCCUCCCAUGUUGUGUAG